CAAGGGGCCGCAAGAAGAAUCCCAUAUUUCAGGCAGAGAAAAGUAGCUUCAGAAUUAGAAAGGCUCUUGUUCACUUCUGGGUCUCUUGAACUCCUGCCUCUACCUUCAGCCAUAAAGUAUCUGUACUAUUCUGAUAAUGGACCAAUUCAUCCCGUCCCUCUUUAUCAUUCUCUCUGUGGAAAUCUCAUGCUGUCUUCGAGAUGCGCUUUCAGCUCCCAUCAAAAUGUACAAAGAGUUUCAGAAGGCUGGAUCGGGUUCUUCCACAGAAGAAUCCUACGCUGCGAUGAUUGUGCCAUUAUUUGUGGAGAACAUGGUCAGAAACAUCCCCGGCAAGAUGAGAUUCACUCAGGCACAUGCUCUCUUCAAGAGAACUAUCAAAUGGAAUAAAGUGAUCCCGAACCGGCCUGCCCUGGCGAAGAUUGUCGUAGAAGGAUCCAUAGCUUUCAUCUUUGCUGUUCUAAUCGGGAUCGUACUGUGGUGCGUGCUGUAUUCAAAAGGGGAAAAAAUUAAGCAUUUGGGCCCUCGCCUCAAGCCCGUGGUAAAAAAAAACUUCUUUCUGAGACAAAUUAAGAAGCAGAAGGAAGCCGGCAUAAAGAAGCUGAUGAAAAAAAAGCAGCUUGAGAAAAGCCUCAUUGAGACAGAGAAGGAGGAAGAAUGGAAGCAAGCACAUGAGCUGGGAAAGGAAAAGGAGGAAGAUUCUGAGGAAUCUGAUGAGGAAGAAGAAUCAGUUGUGGAAGAGAAAGGGAAGAAGAAGAAGAAGAAAGGGAAAAGGCAUGCAAUAAAAAAGAAAUUGGCCAAGGUUAAGAAGGCUGCAAAAUCAGAGAUGGUCCAAAAGCAUGUUGGCAAAAUCAAGAAGGUGGCAAAAUCCAAGGCUGUUAAGAAGCAUGUUGGCAGAAUCAAGAAGGUGGCAAAAUCAAAAACUGUUCGAAAACAUGUUGGCAGAAUCAAGAAGGCAGCGAAAUCCAAGGCUGUUAAGAAGCAUGUUGGCAGAAUCAAGAAGAUGGCAAAAUCAAAAGCUGUUCAAAAGCAUGUUGGGAAAAUUAAGAAGGCCGCAAAAUCAGGAUACACUGGUAAAAUUAAGAAGGAGGGGAAACCAGAGGCUGCUCAAAAGCCUGCUGGGAAAAGCAAAAAGGCAGCCAAAUCCGAGUCAGAGGAAGAAGCAAAAUCAACUUCUGAUAGGGAAAGUAAGAAGCCAAGAAAGAAAAAGGAGAAAGAAAUGGAGAUGAUUAUGGUGAAGGAAGAUGAUAAGAGGACUCACGGGAAAAAGAAGGAACUCGGGAAGGCAAAAUUAGAAGACACUGACUCUAAAGAAAAGAAGAAGAGCCAGAAGAAAAGGGAACGAAGCCCACAAAGAAAAGCAAAACACAAGAAGAAGAGGCGACGAGAAUUGGAGGAGUCUGAGGACACUGAUUAGCAGAGAGGAAGGAUGGAACUGGAUCAGGAAAGGGACUCUGGAGAGGAGGUAGUGCCAUCCGAGGUGGAAAAGAGACUCGUUGAAUGCAUAUACUUUUAGGGCUUACGGUUAGCCUGGUGACUGGUGUGAAGAAAAGAGAGGUGAUUUUCCAAGCCUUUUCUCUCCUCUUGGUAAGAAUGCUCUCCUGCCCCCUAGUGUUAAGAUUUAAUACAACAUGUUGAAA